ACCCACAAGGACCUCCACCACAGAUUUCACAACCGGCCGCCACAAAUCCGGCAUCAAAUCCAACUCCAGUAUCAAAUCCAACCUCAAAUCCAGGAUCAAAUCCGACCUCAAGUCCAGUAUCAAAUUCAUCUCAAGCUGCCCCAGCACCUACUUCAAUUCCAGAUGUCUCUUCAAAACCAACAUUCAUCUUUACAAAUUCAGCACCAUUUUAUGGAAAAAUUGGGCGCAAUGUUACAUUUAAUUGGAAAUAUUCAGGAGAAUUUGAUUUUUUAACCAAAUCUUUAGUAGCACUGGCUAUAUAUAAUAACAUUGCACAUAUAAAUUGGACAAUCAAUUCAAAUUUGUCGACAAAUGCUACCACUGCAACAUGGGACACUUCAACAAUCAUUAAUCCUACUCUAAUUGAAGGACCGUAUAUGUUUAGUAUUUAUAAUGGAACUGAUUAUUUUACAACCGACAGACCUACUCUUCUCGCUCAAUAUCCUUUCAAGAUGUAUCAACCUGGGCCAC